AUCAAAGUGAAAACAUAACCAAGAAACUCAACUCAAUAAUAAUAAUUGAUAUGGGUUCCGAGAAUGUAUACAAAUCAAAUGAGCUCUUUGAAGCUCAAACUCAUUUGUACAAUCACAUUCUUAGCUUCCUCAAACCCAUGUCCAUUAAAUGGGCUGUUGAACUUGGAAUACCAGAUAUCAUACACAAUCAUGGCCAACCCAUUACUCUUCCUCAACUUCUCUCUGUUCUUCAAAUUCAUGAAGACAAAUCUUCUCUUGUCAAGAGCCUCAUGCGUUUAUUGGCACACAAUAACUUUUUCAGAAUUGUGAAAACAGAAGGAAAAGAAGCAUACGCUCUUUCCCCACCUUCAGAGCUUCUUGUCAAAGACACUGACCAUUGUUUAUCUUCAAUGGUUAAUUUGUUAACUAACCCAAAUGUAGUUAAUUUGUAUAAUCAUUUGGGUAAAUGGACUUUUGGGGAAAAGUCAUCAAUCUUUGAGAAUACAUCAGACACAGGAGAUUAUUGGGGUUUUGUUCAUCAAAAUCCAAAAAGUUUGAAGUCAUUCAAUGAGGCUAUGGAAAGUGAUUCUCAUGUGGUGAGGUUGGCUUUGAAAGAUUGCAAGUCUAUUUUUGAAAGUUUGGAUUGUUUGGUUGAUGUUGGAGGUGGAACUGGAAAUACAGCUAAAAUUAUAUGUGAGACAUUUCCUAUGUUAAAAUGCACUGUCUUGGACCUUCCACAAGUUAUAGCAGGCUUACCAACAAAUAAUAAAAAUUUGAGUUUUGUUGGUGGAGACAUGUUUGAAUCUAUCCCUGAGGCUGAUGCAGUUUUAUUAAAGUGGAUUUUACACGACUGGAAUGAUGAUGACUGUGUCAAGAUACUCCAAAAUUGUAAAAAAGCUGUUUCAAGAAAAGGCAAAGGAGGAAAAGUGGUCAUAAUAGAUAUUGUGAUAAAUGAAAAGCAAGAUAAGCAUGAAAUGACAGAAGUGAAGCUCUUCUUUGAUAUAGUUAUGAUGGCUAGUUUUAAUGGAAAAGAAAGAGAUGGGAAAAACUGGAAUGAAAUCAUCAUGAAAGCAGGGUUCACACGCUACAAAAUAUUUCCCAUAUUUGGUUUUAGGUCACUUAUUGAGGUUUAUGUUUAGUUAAACACUUGUACUUUGAGAAAUAAUUUUAUGUGUAUGUUGAACCAAAAUAGUGAUAAGUGAAAUCACUCAAAACAACCGAGUGAUAUAAGGAUGGAAGUUAGGUUACUUAAGUUUGUUUUUGUUUGGUCUUGUUAGAGCUGUCUUUUUAAAUAAAAAGUGCAUGCCAUCCAAUAAAGAAGUCAUAUAACAAUAAAUUUUAUUUCCAGCAA